AAAUACUGAGCAAGGAAACUGUCUCCUGUUGUUUGAUUCCUACUUUGUUCAAGGACACAGGAUUUUGUACAUUCUUUGUAAAUAAACAGGAUUGCAUCAAAGAAUAUCUGACUGCAUCACCAAUUUCUUCUCCCAGCUGAAACUGACAAGACUCCAAAUUCAGCUAACCACUCAGGUCAAAGAAGAUUCUGUGCAGCUGAGGGUUUUUUUGGGUUGGGAGUAUUACUUGGACGCUAAGUUACUCUACAAACAAUCUUCCUUUUACCAUGGAAUGUGUUACGCUUAGAAAAAAAUAUCCCACUGUAAACCAGAGAAGAUGUUUGACUGGGCAAAUAUAGCGUGUUACUGUUCCUGCACUGGUGCAGUGGCUCUCAGCUGUCAUUCCCAUAAGCAGGUGGUGUAAAACAAUAGCUCAGCAGUCACAUUUUCCAAGCUGUCUAUCAGGAAGCUGCAGAACCCUCCUCAGUGAGAGACUGUGAAGACUUUGAAAUCCCUGCUAGUCUGUGUGUCUAGCUGAGACAAAAGGCCACACAAUGAAGUUCCACUACACACACCUCCUCUUCUUUUGCUCAGCUGGUCUGAUCCUGUGCUCUGAACAUGAAACUCGGCUUGUUGAAGAUUUAUUCAAGAACUACAACAAAGUAGUGCGCCCGGUGGAAGAUCAUCGUGAGGCUGUUGUAGUCACAGUCGGGCUGCAGCUUAUUCAGCUUAUUAAUGUGGAUGAAGUAAAUCAGAUUGUAACAACCAAUGUACGCCUGAAACAGCAAUGGACAGAUGUCAACCUAAAAUGGAAUCCAGAAGAAUAUGGUGGGUUGAAAAAAAUUCGUAUCCCAUCUGAGAUAAUCUGGCGCCCCGAUCUUGUUCUUUAUAACAAUGCAGAUGGUGAAUUUGCUAUUGAUCAAUUCACCAAAGUUCUUUUAGAACAUACAGGCAAGAUCACGUGGACACCACCAGCAAUUUUUAAAAGUUACUGUGAAAUUAUAGUCACACACUUUCCAUUUGACCAGCAGAACUGCAGUAUGAAGUUGGGCACUUGGACGUAUGAUGGUACAGUGGUUGUUAUAAAUCCGGAGAGUGAUCGCCCAGAUAUGAGCAACUUUAUGGAGAGCGGCGAGUGGGUGAUGAAAGAUUACCGGAGCUGGAAGCACUUCGUUUACUAUGCCUGUUGCCCUGACACCCCAUAUCUGGAUAUUACCUACCACUUCCUCAUGCAGCGCUUGCCUCUCUACUUCAUUGUCAAUGUCAUCAUUCCCUGUCUGCUCUUCUCGUUUUUAACUGGGUUAGUGUUUUAUCUGCCCACCGAUUCAGGUGAGAAGAUGACUUUGAGCAUUUCUGUUUUGCUGUCUUUGACUGUGUUCCUUCUGGUCAUUGUGGAGCUGAUUCCUUCUACUUCAAGUGCAGUGCCCUUGAUAGGCAAAUACAUGUUAUUUACCAUGGUGUUUGUCAUAGCAUCAAUCAUCAUUACCGUCAUUGUAAUCAACACCCACCAUCGCUCCCCAAGUACCCAUAUUAUGCCACAAUGGGUGAGGAAGAUCUUUAUUGACACAAUCCCAAAUGUUAUGUUUUUUUCAACAAUGAAACGACCAUCCAGGGAUAAACAAGAAAAAAGGAUUUUUACAGAAGACAUUGAUAUUUCGGAAAUCUCUGGAAAACCAUGUCCUGCUGCCGUUAACUUCCACUCCCCACUUACCAAAAACCCAGAUGUGAAAAGUGCUAUAGAAGGAAUCAAAUACAUUGCUGAAACGAUGAAAUCAGACCAAGAAUCCAGUAAUGCUGCAGAAGAAUGGAAGUUUGUUGCAAUGGUAAUUGAUCACCUUCUCCUUGGUAUCUUCAUGCUUGUUUGCAUUAUUGGAACAUUGGCCGUGUUUGCUGGUCGUCUUAUUGAAUUAAAUCAAGAAGGAUGAACAUUAAAUCUAAAACAUGUACUACCCCUGGCCAGGGGUAGCACAUCUUUAUUUACUUCGUUGGCUUUUAUUGAAUACAUUUCAUUGUUCUACCUGUUGUGUUCUUCCCCGCUGUCUGAAGGUUGCACAGCUAAGAAUCACUUCCCAUGGGGAACAAAUAAA